AUGAAGACACGCGAUCCCUUAAUCCCUAUCACCAUCAAGAAACAUCUAGUAGACAAAAUCAGGCCUGGAUUCACUAUUCUCAAUAGGCUUGAAGGUGUUUCGGAGUUCUCUAUACUUCCAAAACAAGGGGGAGAACAUACAAAAGAUCAAUCUGCGAAAGAACCCCAGAAAACUGUUGGAAUUUCUGGUGAAACCGAAAUGCUAAAAACAAUGAACAAACUGAAGGGUAGGGAAGCUUUGGAUUCGAAAGGAAAAGGGAAGUUGAUUGAUGAUAGUGAUGAAGAAGGGCCUGAUGAACAUGAGUUAAAACGAAGAAAGUCUCGUGAAGCCGAAAUUGAUGAAAACAACCAGAUUGUUAGAGAAGCAAAAGAAAAAGCUAGAGUUGAACAUGAAGCUCAACUCACAUUGGAAAGUAGAAAACUUUUAUUUCCUUUGUGGAAUUUAGAGAGAAUUCUAAAUGAAAUGGUUGAUAAUCCAAAUAUUCAUUGGCUAGAGCCGGUUGCCUCGUUCGAACUAGAAAACACACUUCAUUUGCAACUAGAUGUGCCUAUCACACCGAAAGCUUUUCUGUUUCAGAGUAUCGAGGUGAUUGAGAACACCCCACCAUCACAUGUGAAUGUUGACAAAUCUUUGAUGGAAUUCUAUCUCAAGCACGGAAAGCCUCAACAUCUUACAUGGAGUGCACAAAAAUUAACUGGUGUGAAGGUCAUUGGGUCACUUGUAACCGACAGCUUCGUAAAUGUCAAAUUAAAAAAAAAUCGAGGUUCAGAGAGUUCUGUUUUUGUGUUCUCUCUCGCUGAUCUACCUUGUGUAAGAAAUCCCUAUGACUGGAUCACUCUGAUGCAUCUCCUAAUAAAGGAAGAGAAGAAGCAUAAGCUGAUUGUAGAACACAUCAAACGAAUGCUAGUUUCAUAUAUCAAUGAGGUUGCAAAGCUAGACACUGAAAUAGCUUCUGUGUUGAAGAGGAAACCAACAAUCCUUCCCCAAGGAUCAGCGAAAGAUAUUGAGAAAUUGAAGAUGGGGAAGAUAGACGAAGAAAACUGGAUUGUGAUGUUUCAUAGGGGAUCAAAAGAAAGUGUUGAUUUUCAGAAGUGUCUGAUCCCGCCUCAAUUGACACAAAGGGGGGGAUUGUUGGGUUACGGACUGUGUUUGGACUGGAUGGGCUUAAGCUUUGCUGGACUCACUGAAUAA